AGAUCUAUACGGAAACUACAUACGAGGAAGUGCUUCAUCACAUGAUUAUUUGUUUGGCGACAAUUUUGUUAACAUCCUAACAUAGAAGUCUUUAUUAGCAGGUAACAUGGAUGGUGAGAUGAAUGUCAUCUUCGUUACAGCUAUUUUUCUGUUGCCAUCAACAGCUGGGGCUUUCAGUGCUAAAUGGGACCACUUCACAUUCACACAAGAAUGGCCACAAACAGCUUGCCUGAUGGGCAAGGCAGAGCACAAAAAAUGUAACAUUCCCAAUUACAUCAAUUCGUUCAUAAUUCACGGACUAUGGCCUUCUUCGGGAAAAACGGAAGGUCCAAAGAAUUGUUCAUCAGUUCAUUUUGAUAUGAACAAGAUAAAGAAUCUUACAAAUGAAUUACAGCAUGCUUGGCCAAACAUUUACAGCAAUACUGCUCCUAAUGAUUUCUGGAAACAUGAAUGGAACACGCAUGGAACAUGUGCCUUAAGCCUGAACACAACUGGAACAGAAUAUUUGUUCUUUAGGAAAACACUCGACUUAAUGAAAAUAUACAAUGCUUCAAGGUUUCUGAGUAAAAUGAAUAUUACUCCAAAUGACACAACACCUUACGUUACUAAAACAAUAGAAAGUGUUCUUCAAAAGAAACUUGGAGUAGUGCCAAAUUUACAAUGUUACAGAUAUAAGUUAGGUAAAAGACAAACUUACUUACUGGCAGAAAUAAGGAUAUGUAUGGACAAACAGUUUAAACUUAUCGAAUGCCUUAAUGAUGACUCGACUUUAUACUGGAGCAGACGGUCUCAAACUCAAUCUUGUAGUAGAGGAAAGAUAUAUUUUCCUGAGAUUAAAAGGAGUUAAUCAUAAAGGAGAACAACAGAUAUAUGAUGUUGCUUAAUUUUAUGCGAUUGCAAUUGUUUUUACACAUAGGGUACACGAUUUGUUGCUGGUACAAUGUAGCUCAUGUUUACAUAGGCAGAAAUAAACAUGAUGAAUUAUAGCUAACAUGCAAUAAAUUAACUUUCCAUUUUUGUGUUUUUUAUAACAAACAGUGAAGUGUUCUCUAUACAUAUAUAGUUUGCUGACUGUAUUAUGAGCCUGUUACACAAGUAUAGUUGUAUGAAAUAAAAAAAGGCAUAACCAUUAUAACCAGGACAGUGCUACUUGUAAACUGAUUACAUUUAAAAUGUAUGCAAAUUUCCAAAAUUUUAUUCAUCAGAUUUUUUUUUAUUGUUAAUAUUUUCAUAAAUAAAAUUUUCCCAUCUAUUUUUUUUUAAGCAAAUUGUUUUGUUGGUUUUGUCAGGGCAUUAAAGAAUCUUGAGGUUUU